AUAGUACAUACCAUAUAUAUUUUGAAACGCCCAUUGAAUUCAACUACAAGUUUAAUACAUCAUAAGACCUUCUUGUUCAAUUGUUAUUAUCGCGUGAUAUUUUUCCCUCUUUACUUAUCGUGUAAACUGACUUGAUCCCCUCACCCAAAGAUGUCUAACGAACAACACACGAUUGCAUCACCAGUACCAAGAAAAAGCCAAGUGGCGAAGAAAACAGAUUCUGAGAAACUUCUUCCUUCGUUAUCUGUCAAGGCAGACCCUAACUUGAAAUCAUGUUUGUCAACUGCCAAUUUAUCUCGUGGAAGUCCGCAAGUACCAUCAACAACCACAAAUGCCCCUAAUUCUAAUGCUCACCAACCUGAACAUGCAGCCUUUCUAGUACAAGAGGAUUUCAUAAGUCCGAUUAAACAUGGUAUCCUAGGGGAUGACUUGACAUUGGCAAAUACUACAACUUUACCAAACCGUGAUAGUCCUGUUAGUAUCCUUUCCAGUGCUCCAAACUCCCCGCCUUUUAUUUCCCAUGGUACAAACUUAGAUAGUACAUUAAAAUCUCCUAAUGGUGGCCUUCUUCAUAACGUUCUGUCUCCUCCACUUUCAAGAGUAAGCUCAUUGAGAUAUGUUAAUAACAACAAUUCGGACAAAAAACUUAUUGAAGUUACCCGUCACCGAACUGCUAGUCCUACGUCAUCAAGUUAUACAUCUCCUCAGCCAGAUGAAGAAGCUGGUCAUCAUUUUCAAUCGGAUGUUCCAAUGGACGGUUUCAGUCCUCCAACUACAGUUAAUGAAAAGAAACAUUUAUUAAUAGCCAUUACUGGAUGUAUAUCUGUUCACAAAAAUAUUCUCUUGAUUAUUGAAAAACUCUUUGAAUUUUACACUCAUGAUAAAUUAGAGAUCCAAGUGAUCUUAACUAAAUCUGCUCAAUGGUUUUUAUCUGAAAAAUUGCAUAAGUUUGAAGCCUUAGGCGUGAAAGUUUGGUUUCAUGAUGAUGGUUGGAAAUACUUUACCAACAAAGAAUUACCUCUCUCGAUUAAAUCAACAAAAUUAACUCCGAAUUUGUUAUCGAAAUACCUGUUGGCAUUUGAAUUACAGAAAUGGACUGAUGUCUUAUUGAUUGCUCCACUCUCUGCCAAUACAAUGGCUAAGAUGAUCAAUGGAUUAUCUGAUAAUUUACUUACAGAUAUGUUACAUGUUUGGCCACUUCCUCUUCCUCCAAAUGCUGCAAAUAAUGGAAAUAACUCUUCCACUUCCGGUGUGGGGAACGAUAAUACAGUGUUGACCAAUAAUUUGUUAUCACCUAAAUCUAUCAUUGCAGCUCUUGCCCUCACAAAUUCAAUGUAUUCACACCCAAUUACAAAGAGACAAUUAGCUGCCUUACAAGAAACUUAUCCAAAUAUGAGUAUAUUGAAACCGGUUGAGAAAUGUGUGGAUGUGGAUGGAAAUAUUGCUAUGGGAGGAAUGAGGUCAUGGAGAGAAGUAGUACAUUUUGUGGUUCAGAAAUUGGGAGAACCAGAGGUUGAAGAUGAUGAGGAAGAUGAUGAAGAUGACGAAGAAGAAGAAGAAGAAGAAGAAGAAGAAGAAGACGAGGAACAAGAAGAACUAGAAGAAUUAGAACAUGGGGAAAGAAGUGUGGAGGAUGGUACAGUGGACGAGGGUCGAGGUGAAGCUGGUGGUAAAGAUAAGAAAUCAGUCCAGAGACAUCCAGACGGUUCAGACCAUCGUAUUCAUAGACUGGGUACUGUGUCGAAUAAGGAGUUAGCAGAACAUAAUAAAAUCGCUACAAUUAAUGCCUUAUUGAAUUCUGGUAUUGGACACCUUCCCAAAGAAUAGAAUUAUUCGAUAGUGAUGAGGGAAUUGACUUGUGCUUUUCCGAUGUUAAUCUUUUAAUCUUAGUUUUAAGAGUCCUUGCAUGUAUACUAGUUACUAGUUAAAUUUUUAAUGAUACUACGGCGCGUUUAUCUCACGUUAAUGCGUGAAUGCUAGAAAUAUGCGUGGCGUACUGUAAAAUAUUUGGAAUUGUCAGCAAUUCUUGUUGAC